GCCGCAUACCCCCAUGUGUUGUUCUCCUCGUGCUCCGCCUCGCCGACGGCUCCGCAGAGCCGCGAGCCCACUAAACCCUAACCCUAGAUUAGGGGGGCUGAGAAGGGAGUGGGGAGGAAUCGAACCGGCGGCUUGCGGCGGCGGCGGAGAUGGCGGCUAAGCGGGAGAUCUCGAGUACUCUGAGGAACCUAAAGUUUAUGCAGCGCGGCGCGGCUGCGCAGAAGGUGGAGGAGAAGGCCAAGGUGGAGGUGCAGGAGGAGGUGGUAGUGGCGUCGAGUGGAGGUUCCGGCUCGUCGGCUCAGGUCGCUAGGAAGUGCAUAGUUAUCAUGGAGGGCAAUCCGCAUCCAGGUGCUGUGAAGGGUCGAAUGUCAUUCCAAAACUUCAAUCCGUCCAUUGAUAAACUAAAUGAAGAGGCCAGAGGUGACCGUGAAUCAGAAUCAGCUUCGCCUAGUAACCAUCAUCAAGAUAGUGCAAACUCCAGCAGAGGGGAUGAAGUUCCAGGAUCAAGAUUUAGAGGUUUCGACAUUGAAAGUUCAGAAAGCAUAUCUCUGAAUGAACUGAAGAGGAAAGAGCCUGAACUUGAUAUGGAAACACCCUCUGAUAACCCACAAAAGACCAAUGUUGAUGGUAGGACAUCUUCGCAAAGCAAUGGCCGUGGAUCGCACAAGUCAAACAAGCGUGAAAAAAAGUAUGACUUCAAUCAUCUCAGACAAAAGAAAUAAAAAUGAGGUUCUAGUUACCAUGACCAUGACUAGCUCUUGUACCCCAUUUGUAGUUGUACUGGGUUGGCCAUUUGCCCUGUUCUGUGGAUUAUAUCUGGAGUGCUGGUAACCAUGCCGUGGCGCUCCUGUUCUUAACUAGUGAGGUCUGAGAUGCCUAGCAUUAUCUUUUCUGGUGAUGUAUUGUUUUACUCCACUACUCUGUUGUAGUGUUGUAAGAUGAGUUCUGCAACAGUAGCAGCAGCAGUAGCAAAUACAAUUUUGCCUAUGCCUUGUGUCAGCGUGUAUUAUUGAUAUCAGAUGGUAAUGUUCAAAAUGGUACUGCAGCUUCAUUUGAUUA